AUGGAGUCACCCGAAAUGCAACGAUACGGCGACUCGCCUCGAAGUUUCAACCAAAGUGAAUUACUGGAUGAAUAUCUGAUUGAUGAGAUCCUCUCGUUGGAGGACGAGCAGCGCACUCGGGGCAGCAAACCACACCAAACACCGGUACGUGGCUCGUCGCAAGGACCCGUUCCCAGUGCCGAUGAUCCGGAACACUACGGCGAUCGCAGAAAGAAGGACAUUCACAAUAUGAUUGAACGCCGUCGUCGCUAUAAUAUCAACGACCGAAUCAAAGAAUUAGGAGUUAUGCUGCCUAAAGGAGCCUCCGAAGCCGAAUUUAGAGAGAUGAAGUUAAACCAAGGGACGAUUCUCAAAGCAUCUUGUGACUACAUUCGACAAUUGCAAAAGGAUCGAGAUAGCAUGAUUAAACAACAGCAACAACAAAACAAAUUGGAAAACGCUGCGAAACAAUACGCCGAUCGAGUCAGAGAACUCGAGGAGAUCUUGGCGAAGAAUGGCCUCAACGCGCCUACCAAAGCGCUUCCUCCACUCCCAGCCAUCCCCUCCGCUCCUCGACCAAUCAAACAGGAGACCGAAGGGAGUCGAAAUCAAACCCCAUGCGGAUCACUUUCCUCAUCGGGUUUUAUGUCACAACUCUCUGACACGACGGCUGCGAUCGCCUCGCCGCUAGAACGGAUCCAUUAUGGAUCCGAUCAAUUCUUUCGCUCAAGUCCACAAGAUUAUCAGACGCCACAAUGGAGAUACCGCCCCGACAGCCACAAAGGGAUGCACCACGGGCCAUUCCCCGAUUUGAUCAUGGAGUCGUGUCUUGAGAACAAUCCACUCCUCCACUCGGACCCGUUGAUGUCACAAGCCGGUAGCCCGUCGCCAAACCUUGCCGCCAGUCAGAUGAGGCCCGAUAUCUCGUGGGAUCCAUCGAAUUUCAGCCCCUACGGGAACACCCAGCCGAUGCACGCCAAUCACAAUAUGGACUAUUCA